AUGUCUACCCCAACCAAGACCCCACCAGCAGCGCCGGCGAACAAGUCCUCCACUGUGCCCAAGAUAAAUCCUGUAGCGAAGAGGACAGAGUCGAUCGCUGGGGACAGUGCAGCUGCGACCGCAAAGGAUGAUACGAACAAGGCGAUCGAGAAGUUGGAGACUAGGUUCAAGGCAGUCAACACUAAUAACGUCGCCAGAGUCGCGAACAGCAGAGUCACAAGCAACGAUGAGAAGCUGAUACCACUUGUAUCGUUGAAGAACGGACAGCCUUUAGCCAGGUUUCCGGAGACUGCGAAGGACGUUGGGAAGUCGACGUUGACACAGAUGAAUGUAUUUUUGACCCAGCUUGAUGCCGAGCAAACGGGCAGCGAAGCAGCAAGACGAGAGCGGUUGCGACUGCACAUUGGCUUGAUUCCCAACCCAGCUUGA